AUGAAUUUGAUUAUCUUUCUGGCCACUUUGAUCUUAACUCUGAGUACUGGAGUAACAGGCCAGACUUCUUGUGCUUCUGCUUGGGGCCAAUGUGGUGGAACUAAUUAUAAUGGAACAACCUGCUGUGUUAGUGGAGCGACUUGCUCCGUUUUAAAUGAUUAUUAUUACCAAUGUGUCCCAAGUACUCAGAAGACAUCAGGAUCUGGCUCUACAGCCUCUACCGCUGAUGUAGGCGUGACUUCAACUUCUAUGUACACGACCAGUACUUCCAUUCCCACAGGAACUGCCACGCAGCCGGCAUAUCCAUCCGCAGAUGCCAGCUCUUGUGGAUCUUGGACACUCGUCGACAAUGUUUGUUGUCCAUAUUACUGCUUAUCCAAUAAUGAAUCAGAGUCCUGCGUUAGUGGCUGCACUGGUGGCUGUGGAUCUCCCGACUCCUCAAUGUGCAAGUCUGGUACUAUGUGGGGAGAGCAACUGACCGUUGGGUCCGAUGAAGAUUGGCACUAUAGUCGCUCAACACAUUUCGGACUUACCAGCGGCGGAGCUUGCGGUUUUGGACUUUACGGCCUCUGCACAAAAGGUAGUGUCACCGCAAGCUGGACUGACCCGAUGCUCGGUACAACGUGUGAUGCGUUCUGUACUGCAUAUCCGCUUCUAUGUCAGGAUCCAUCAAACGUCACCUUAAGAGGAAACUUUGCGGCACCAAAUGGCGACUACUACACCCAGUUUUGGCCUUCAUUGAUUGCAGCUUCACCAGGCGAUCCAGACAACUAUCUUUCGUGCGGAGAAUGCUUUGAACUCAUCCGCACCAAGGCCGAUGGAACCGACUACGCUGUAGGGGAUGAUGGCUACACCGACCCAAUUUACUUAGAGGUGGUGGACAGCUGUCCCUGUGAUGCCAAUUCUAAGUGGUGCUGUGGUUCUGGUGCUGACCACUGCGGCGAGAUUGACUUCAAAUACGGCUGCCCCAUUCCUGAGGAUAGUCAUCACAUGGACUUGUCAGACAUAGCGAUGGGCCGCUUACAAGGUAAUGGGAGUCUUACCGAUGGGGUAAUCCCUAUUCGCUAUCGACGCGUGCCAUGUCCCAAGCCCGGGAACGCAUACAUCUGGUUGCGGGACGGUGGUGGAGCAUAUUACUUUGCUUUGAGUGUGGUUAAUACAAACGGCGUUGGUUCUGUCACUUCGGUCGAGGUUAAGAGCGCAGAUUCAAGUUCCUGGAUUGCGCUUGAUCACGAUCCAAACUACACAAGCAGUCGGCCACAAGAGCGAUAUGGAGCUUGGGUUCUACCCCAGGGUGAUGGACCAUUCUCGUUUCCCAUUGGUAUCAGAGUCACAUCGCCAGAUGGUCAACAGAUUGUGAACGAGGAGGCUAUCACAUCCUUCACUGCGCCAUCUGGGUCGGUCGAGGGAUUUUACUAUAUUGACCUGGGCGUGCAAUUUACUUAG